AUGCUGCUGCCAUCUUCAGUACAGAAGCUGGCAGCUCACUCCUCUCAGCUGGUUCCACUAAACCAGUGCAGGUUCUCUCAGCAGAGUUGAACUUCAUGUAAGCCUCUGUUGCCUUCAGUCAGAGGGGGUAGAGUGAAUAACUUCCCUGACACUCGUCUCACAUAUCCGAUGGAUCCAUCCCUUUUGAGAAUUUCUCUGUUGCUCGUGGUUUCAUAAGCUUGGAUGAGCAUAGGGUUAAUUGGGGACUGUUCGUGGACACUGGAGCUCCUAAGCUUCUCACACAGCUUUCCCAAGACGGCAAACAUGCUCAAGUUGGUCCCAAUGAGCAUGGAGGGGUUCCCCUGCAUGGGGGGCUCAGGACACACAAGGGCAAGGGUUUCAAUAGGCUGCUGGACGCCUACAGCUUCAAGGGAGAACUCAAUGGUGAUGCUGAUGUAGCGUCAUAGGGUAGUUGCUCUCACUUAGGCCCCACAAGGUUAUCCCUUCUAAAGGCUGGAGAGGGAGGUGUUGUAGGUGUCUUUUUGUAGAACUGCCGGUGGAUGAUUGCCACUGUCUAGGAUGACAUGACAGGGUUUUCCAUUCACUUUCACGUUAAUGUUCGUCUCAGGUCCAAGGAUACUAGGAGGAGAGAAAAAUAUCCCUGGUAGGGCCCUGGGCAGAGCGAGCCCAUCCUGUACAACUAGAGCUCAUCUGCACGGGGGACACGGUAGGCUCCUCUACUGUCCCCUUCUGCCGUUUCCCGACCUCCCUUGAGCAUGGAUGAAGCGUCUGUUGAAUUCCACUACAUUCUUUCCUCUUCUGACAGUUCCUGGAAGAGUGGCCAUCUUCACCACAGUUAUAGCAAAAGUUGUUUUUAUUCCUCUUCGGCCCUGGACAGAAAGCUGGUCUCUCUGGACGUGGAGCUGGUCUAUCUGAGUUAGAUGAAGCACCCGGGGUCACCUUCAUUGCAGCUAUGGCAUACUUCAGUUCUUCCACCUGUUUGCGGAGAGCUUUGAUUUUGUCCCCAGCAUCUGAUGUUGACUCUUUCUGAAGCUGGACUUGGGAUUCUGUGAGAGUGUUUCUCUGCUUCUCUCUCCUCUUCUUCCCUCAGCUCUUGCAGUAGAACUGGAAAUGUGGGCGGCCUCUCUUCUUUUUCUCAGUCGAAGAUGCACCAGGAUUUCAGUGUUGUACAGCACUCCUUUGAUGAUCUGGUCAACUCGUGCAAUGUUGACCCUGGACUCAUCGAUGCCUCUCUUCACUUUGACCUUCUGAAAAUACCUCUUUAGUCGAAGGAGGAAAUCUGAGAUCUUCCCUCCUGGUUUCUGUUGCAGGCCCUUGAACUUGUAGUAGAGGUCCUCCCCUGAGUCUGCUGUGCCGUAUGUGUGCUCCAGUAUGUUCAAGUAGUCUUCAACCAAUGCAUCUUUGUGGUUAGUUCUUAGCGCUGUAGCCACACUCAGGGCAGGGGCCUUCAAACUCUCGAUGAGUCUCUUUCUCUUCUCCGGGUCGGAGCGGUGCCACUCUGGCAACAUCUGGUUUACUUGUUCCAUCCAGGAGUCGAUGUCCUCUUGCCCAAGGGGCAUUUGGAACCGUCCCACUGAAAGUUGGCAGUCUUCUGUACGGACUGGUCUCGUAGUGAUGCGUCAUAGCUUCCUUCAGAACCUUCCCCAUGGCUUCAAUGAUGUCUUAAGGCUAUGGCUUGGGGUGUGACAAGGUUCUUCAGCUCGCUAUCUGAGAUCCCUUCUCUCAUCAUGAAGGCCUGUAGUUUCUGUUACUUCACUAUGGGGCGCUGACAUAGGAGAGAAAGUGGUGGUGGGUAUUUGCUCAGGAGAGGGAGGAGCUACAUUUCCUAGACCGAUCAACUGCCACUUUAUGCCCUAUUCCUCAUCUUCAACCACACAAUGCAGUGAGAUCCACAGGUCGUCUCAACUAGAACACUGGCCCGCUUGGUUUGAGGAUGUUGCACACAGUUUAACUUUAAGCAGUCCAAACAACUCGAAGGCAUCCAAAGCCCCUUCAAUGUCGCAUGCUCCUUUUCCACUCCCAAAACCACUAAUGUCCUCCCACUUGCUCCACUGUAUCAGCUUCUCCAUAUUCAUCUCCAUUCUCUUUCCCUCUGUGCUAUUGGAACUAGCUGUUAAAAUGAGAGGGUGCUCAAUGGCAUGAUAUCACCACUACAAGCGGUCAUAUUUACAACUUUUAUUUUCACUGGUGAGCGAGUUACACAACUUUUAAACUGCUUGAAACAACUAAUUAGCUAACGUUAAUGGCUUGUAGCUUUCAUGAAUCUUCUCUCGCGCUUCACACUGUUCCCUAGCAACCGGUCUGUCUCCCAAAGAUGUCCCACAUGCAACAAUGUCAGUACACAAUAAGUAAUACAGUCUGUGCUAAAAAAUAAAUAAAAAAAAGUAACCAGGGGUUACACAAAAUAUACACUUACUGUACACUUUUAACUGGCUUUAUCACAGUUGCAGCUGACAGUAUUUUUCAGUGACAACACGUUUCUGUCUGCCUUCUUCCAUUACACACAGGUGUUCAGAGCAUGCUAGAUGGCUAAUUAGCACAGGUGGUCCCUCUGUCUUCCGUCUGUCUUCCGUAAACACGUGCUGUAACAUGGAGAUAUGGCCAAGUGGGAACACUAACUCUAACCCUAUAAAGGGGUGUAUCAAUUAACUUUUUAGUUUUUAGAAAAAUAUUUCUCGCUGAUAUGAAAGAUAAGUUCCUUAUGCUUCCAAAACCGUACCGCAAGCGAUGAGUGUUAAUGUUCAGACUGAGCGUCUGGGCUCAUAACAAAAUCACCCAUGUACAGAAGACGCCUUCGUCCAGUGACGUGUAAUGUAAUGGAACUGAGAGUCAUGAUCAAGGGCUAUCAAUGAGAAUGACCGAUGGAAUUUUUUUUUGUUUUUUUUUUGUAAAGUGUAUUUAAGUCAAAUGCAUCUUCAAAGGUCUCAUUUCUCGAUGGCCAUACCUAUUAGUCUGAGUACCAGUCUCUUUCAUUCUACUCCUGGCUUUCCGCAAACGCAAUGUUCAAUAUGCAUCUGCACUGAGCUAAAGGGUAGAGCUGCCGCUUUCAAGGAACGGGACUCUAACCCGGACGCUUAUAAGAAAUCCCGCUAUGACCUCCGACGAACCAUCAAACAGGCAAAGAGUCAAUACAGGUCUAAGAUUGAAUCAUACUACACUGGCUCUGACGCUCGUCGGAUGUGGCAGGGCUUGAAAACUAUUACAGACUACAAAGGGAAGCACAGCCGCGAGCUGCCCAGUGACACAAGCCUACCAGACGAGCUAAACCACUUCUAUGCUCGCUUCGAGGCAAGCAACACUGAAGCAUGCAUGAGAGCACCAGCUGCUCCGGACGACUAUGUGAUCACGCUCUCCGUAGCCGAUGUGAGUAAGACUUUUAAGCAGGUCAACAUUCACAAGGCCGCAGGGCCAGACGGAUUACCAGGACGUGUACUCCGAGCAUGUGCUGACCAACUGGCAAGUGUCUUCACUGACAUUUUCAACAUGUCCCUGACUGAGUCUGUAAUACCAACAUGUUUCAAGCAGACCACCAUAGUCCCCGUGCCCAAGAACUCUAAGAUAACCUGCCUAAAUGACUACCGACCCGUAGCACUGACGUCUGUAGCCAUGAAGUGCUUUGAAAGACUGGUCAUGGCUCACAUCAACAGCAUAAUCCCAGAAACCCUAGACCCACUCCAAUUUGCAUACCGCCCCAACAGAUCCACAGAUGAUGCAAUCUCUAUCGCACUCCACACUGCCCUUUCCCACCUGGACAAGAGGAACACCUACGUGAGAAUGCUAUUCAUUGACUACAGCUCAGCAUUCAACACCAUAGUGCCCUCUAAGCUCAUCACUAAGCUAAGGAUCCUGGGACUAAACACCUCCCUCUGCAACUGGAUCCUGGACUUCCUGACGGGCCGCCCCCAGGUGGUAAGGGUAGGUAACAACACAUCUGCCACACUGAUCCUCAACACGGGGGCCCCUCAGGGGUGCGUGCUCAGUCCCCUCCUGUACUCUCUGUUCACCCAUGACUGCAUGGCCAGGCACGACUCCAACACCAUCAUUAAGUUUGCCGACGACACAACAGUGGUAGGCCUGAUCACCGACAACGAUGAGACAGCCUAUAGGGAGGAGGUCAGAGAUCUGGCCGUGUGGUGCCAGGACAACAACCUCUCCCUCAACGUGACCAAGACAAAGGAGAUGAUUGUGGACUACAGGAAAAAAAAGAGGACUGAGCACGCCCCCAUUCUCAUCGACGGGGCUGUAGUGGAACAGGUUGAGAGCUUCAAGUUCCUUGGUGUCCACAUCACCAACGAACUAUCAUGGUCCAAACACACCAAGACAGUCGUGAAGAGGGCACGACAAAGCCUAUUCCCCCUCAGGAGACUAAAAAGAUUUGGCAUGGGUCCUCAGAUCCUCAAAAAAUUCUACAGCUGCACCAUCGAGAGCAUCCUGACUGGUUGCAUCACCGCCUGGUAUGGCAACUGCUUGGCCUCUGACCGCAAGGCACUACAGAGGGUAGUGCGUACGGCCCAGUACAUCACUGGGGCAAAGCUCCCUGCCAUCCAGGACCUCUAUACCAGGCGGUGUCAGAGGAAGGCCCUCAAAAUUGUCAAAGACUCCAGCCACCCUAGUCAUAGACUGUUCUCUCUGCUACCGCACGGCAAGCGGUACCGGAGUGCCAAGUCUAGGUCCAAAAGACUUCUCAACAGCUUCUACCCCCAAGCCAUAAGACUCCUGAACAGCUAAUCAUGGCUACCCGGAAUAUUUGCACUGCCCCCCCACCCCAUCCUUUUUACGCUGCUGCUACUCUGUUAAGUAUUUAUGCAUAGUCACUUUAACUCUACCCACAUGUACAUAUUACCUCAACUACCUCAACUAGCCGGUGCCCCCGCACAUUGACUAUGCAACGGUACCCCCCUGUAUAUAUAGCCUCCCUACUGUCACUUUAUUUUACUGUAUAUAUAGCCUCCCUACUGUCACUUUAUUUUACUUCUGCUCUUUUUUUCUCAACACUUUUUUGUUGUUGUUUUAUUCUUACUUUUUUUGUUUAAAAUAAAUGCACUGUUGGUUAAGGGCUGUAAGUAAGCAUUUCACUGUAAUGUCUGCACCUGUUGUAUUCGGCGCAUGUGACCAAUAAAAUUUGAUUUGAUUUGAUAUGCGCUGGAUUUACAGCAGAGUUGCUAAUUGGUUGUUGGAAAUAACAUUAAUAUUUUCCAUGUGGAGCCUUGAAAAUAGAACUAUAAUUUAUAACGAAGUCAAAAACAAACAUUUAGCUGUUAGCUAGGCAAGUUGUAUUUUGAGGCGUUUUGUGGUUGGAAUUGCAGUAUGUAUUUAGUUUGAGAAUUUAGAUGUGAGCUAGGAACUUUUGACAGACUGGUUUCAUAUAUACAAAUAAACGGUUGCUUCGCAAACGAUACAAACGUGUUCUGUGGAGAAAAAAAGUGAUAUAGUUGCAAUAUUUGCAUAAUCAUUGUGAUUGGAGGAUAGCUGUGAGGGUGAUAAUCCUCUGUCCUCCUCGAGUUCAUUAAUGAUAGAAUGGUCAUAAUUGAAGAUGGCAGAAAGGCCAGUCACUUUGGCAUGAAGUACAGGGAGUGGAUUAGCAAAAAAGACUGGUACCCAGGCUACAUACCUGUCACUUUAGUGUCAGAAUGGUCAUUCCAUUUGAUUUCAAUCACUUUUUGAACGCACCCCUUUUGAUUUGAACGAAACUACAUACAUAUUUCCAUGGUAGAAGUGGUCAGAAAGUGACUUUAUGGACCUGAAUGCCAAAACAUUUACGAGAUCGAGCUUCUCAAAGUUGACCCGUUUUGCAUACCCCACCCUACCAUGACACACCCAUGUCUUCAUCACUCGAAAAGAUAGGCUAAACGGUUGAGUUUUAUAUUAUUUAAAAGCUUACUAUUUUAUAAUUUAUUUUAAAAGAUAACUUUUUUACUACCUUAAAUGUCAAUUAUCUAAAACGUGUAAAUUACUAUUUUUACCCCGCAUAUACUGUAGCUUAGACCUUAUUUUACAUCACCUUAGGUGUUUGCGUUGUGCCCGCCAUCGGUUGAGACACAGCAUACUCUUGAAUACAAGGUGGGUGUAAUUUUAAUCAUAGAAAUAUAAUUAAUAGAAUGAACAAAUCCCUUCAGACCACUGCAAUUUAGUAUCAUUGAUACAUUUUAUUGACAUUUUUACUUCCAAGUACUAGCACAAAGAUCAGGUUUCCUAUGGAAGAUUGACAUUCAAAUUUAAAACAACUCAUAUAUUUCCAUUUAAGUCAACAUUCACUGUGUGGACCUCCAAUCAUCUUUGUGCUACCAUUUCGAAGUACAAAUUUAAAUUGUAUUCCCAUGUAUUUAGUACAUUUAUCACCCAAAACAUGACACCCACCCUGUGUUCAAGAGCAUGUUGUCUCAACCAAUGGCGGGCACAACACAAACACCUCAGAUGUUAAAUAGGGUCUAAUCUACAACAUAUGCAAAAAUGGAAAAAAUCUGAGUUGACGUUUUUAGAUAAUUAACGUUUAAGGUUAAAUUGUUUGACAACCCUGUUUGCAAGCUUUUAAAUUAUAUCAAACUCAACCAUUUAUUUUCCAGUGAUGAAGACAUAUACAGUGAGGGGAAAAAAGUAUUUGAUCCCCUGCUGAUUUUGUACGUUUGCCCACUGACAAAGAAAUUAUCAGUCUAUAAUUUUAAUGGUAGGUUUAUUUGAACAAUGAGAGACAGAAUAACAACAAAAAAAUCCAGAAAAACACAUGUCAAAAAUGUUAUUAAUUGAUUUGCAUUUUAAUGAGGGAAAUAAGUAUUUGACCCCCUCUCAAUCAGAAAGAUUUCUGGCUCCCAGGUGUCUUUUUAUACAGGUAACGAGCUGAGAUUAGGAGCACACUCUUACAGGGAAAAAGACACCCGUCCACAGAAGCAAUCAAUCAAUCAGAUUCCAAACUCUCCACCAUGGCCAAGACCAAAGAGCUCUCCAAGGAUGUCAGGGACAAGAUUGUAGACCUACACAAGGCUGGAAUGGGCUACAAGACCAUCGCCAAGCAGCUUGGUGAGAAGGUGACAACAGUUGGUGUGAUUAUUCGCAAAUGGAAGAAACACAAAAUAACUGUCAAUCUCCCUCGGCCUGGGGCUCCAUGCAAGAUCUCACCUCGUGGAGUUGCAAUGAUCAUGAGAAUGGUGAGGAAUCAGCCCAGAACUACACGGGAGGAUCUUGUCAAUGAUCUCAAGGCAGCUGGGACCAUAGUCACCAAGAAAACAAUUGGUAACACACUACUAAAUGAAAUCCUGCAGCGCCCGCAAGGUCCCCCUGCUCAAGAAAGCACAUAUACAUGCCCGUCUGAAGUUUGCCAAUGAACAUCUGAAUGAUUCAGAGGAGAACUGGGUGAAAGUGUUGUGGUCAGAUGAGACCAAAAUGGAGCUCUUUGGCAUCAAUUCAACUCGCCGUGUUUGGAGGAGGAGGAAUGCUGCCUAUGACCCCAAGAACACCAUCCCCACUGUCAAACAUGGAGGUGGAAACAUUAUGCUUUGGGGGUGUUUUUCUGCUAAGGGGACAGGACAACUUCACCGCAUCAAAGGGACGAUGGGCGGGGCCAUGUACCGUCAAAUCUUGGGUGAGAACUUCCUUCCCUCAGCCAGGUCAUUGAAAAUGGGUUGUGGAUGCGUAUUCCAGCAUGACAAUGACCCAAAACACACGGCCAAGGCAACAAAGGAGUGGCUCAAGAAGAAGCACAUUAAGGUCCUGGAGUGGCCUAGCCAGUCUCCAGACCUUAAUCCCAUAGAAAAUCUGUGGAGGGAGCUGAAGGUUCGAGUUGCCAAACGUCAGCCUCGAAACCUUAAUGACUUGGAGAAGAUCUGCAAAGAGGAGUGGGACAAAAUCCCUCCUGAGAUGUGUGCAAACCUGGUGGCCAACUACAAGAAACAUCUGACCUCUGUGAUUGCCAACAAGGGUUUUGCCACCAAGUACUAAGUCAUGUUUUGCAGAGGGGUCAAAUACUUAUUUCCCUCACUGUAUGUCUCUCAUGGUAGGGUGGGGUACAGUGGGGAAAAAAGUAUUUAGUCAGCCACCAAUUGUGCAAGUUCUCCCACUUAAAAAGAUGAGAGAGGCCUGUAAUUUUCAUCAUAGGUACACGUCAACUAUGACCGACAAAUUGCGAAAAGAAUCCAGAAAAUCACAUUGUAGGAUUUUUAAUGAAUUUAUUUGCAAAUUAUGGUGGAAAAUAAGUAUUUGGUCACCUACAAACAAGCAAGAUUUCUGGCUCUCACAGACCUGUAACUUCUUCUUUAAGAGGCUCCUCUGUCCUCCACUCGUUACCUGUAUUAAUGGCACCUGUUUGAACUUGUUAUCAGUAUAAAAGACACCUGUCCACAACCUCAAACAGUCACACUCCAAACUCCACUAUGGCCAAGACCAAAGAGCUGUCAAAGGACACCAGAAACAAAAUUGUAGACCUGCACCAGGCUGGGAAGACUGAAUCUGCAAUAGGUAAGCAGCUUGGUUUGAAGAAAUCAACUGUGGGAGCAAUUAUUAGGAAAUGGAAGACAUACAAGACCACUGAUAAUCUCCCUUGAUCUGGGGCUCCACGCAAGAUCUCACCCCGUGGGGUCAAAAUGAUCACAAGAACGGUGAGCAAAAAUCCCAGAACCACACGGGGGGACCUAGUGAAUGACCUGCAGAGAGCUGGGACCAAAGUAACAAAGCCUACCAUCAGUAACACACUACGCCGCCAGGGACUCAAAUCCUGCAGUGCCAGACGUGUCCCCCUGCUUAAGCCAGUACAUGUCCAGGCCCGUCUGAAUUUUGCUAGAGUGCAUUUGGAUGAUCCAGAAGAGGAUUGGGAGAGUGUCAUAUGGUCAGAUGAAACCAAAAUAGAAAUUUUUGGUAAAAACUCAACUCGUCGUGUUUGGAGGACAAAGAAUGCUGAGUUGUAUCCAAAGAACACCAUACCUACUGUGAAGCAUGGGGGUGGAAACAUCAUGCUUUGGGGCUGUUUUUCUGCAAAGGGACCAGGACGACUGAUCCGUGUAAAGGAAAGAAUGAAUGGGGCCAUGUAUCGUGAGAUUUUGAGUGAAAACCUCCUUCCAUCAGCAAGGGCAUUGAAGAUGAAACGUGGCUGGGUCUUUCAGCAUGACAAUGAUCCCAAACACACCGCCCGGGCAACGAAGGAGUGGCUUCGUAAGAAGAAUUUCAAGAUCCUGGAGUGGCCUAGCCAGUCUCCAGAUCUCAACCCCAUAGAAAAUCUUUGGAGGGAGUUGAAAGUCCGUGUUGCCCAGCGACAGCCCCAAAACAUCACUGCUCUAGAGGAGAUCUGCAUGGAGGAAUGGGCCAAAAUACCAGCAACAGUGUGUGAAAAUCUUGUGAAGACUUACAGAAAACGUUUGACCUGUGUCAUUGCCAACAAAGGGUAUAUAACAAAGUAUUGAGAAACUUUUGUUAUUGACCAAAUACUUUUUUUCCACCAUAAUUUGCAAAUAAAUUCAUUAAAAAUCCUACAAUGUGAUUUUCUGGAAAAAAAAAUCUCAUUUUGUCUGUCAUAUGAUGAAAAUUACAGGCCUCUCUCAUCUUUUUAAGUGGGAGAACUUGCACAAUUGGUGGCUGGCUAAAUACUUUUUUCCCCCACUGUAUGCAAAAUGUCAACUUUGAGCACCUCUAUCUUCUAAAUGUUUUAGCAUUCAGGUCUCAUAAAGUUACUUUCUGACCACUUCUGCCAUGGGCAUAUACAGUAUGUACAGCAAGUUUUGUUCAAAUCAAAAGGGGUGCUGUCAAAAAGUUAUUGAAAUGAAAUGGAACGACCCAAAAGUAAUUUAGUUGUGUGACAUUUUGUAACCAUAAUAACAAGUUAAUCUACUCUGCCAUGAUCCUUGCUUAGUUCCAUUGGGCUUUAUCUCCCUCGUGUCAAUUGUAUUGUCGUCUCUGUGCGCUUUAGGCAUCAUUAUAAAGAACUGGUGACAGCGGAACAGAACAAUGACGAUGUGGACACUGCAAAGAAGAGGAGGAUUGAGGAGACAAAGCACGCUUUUGAGGAGCCAUCCUCUUAUCACACAAGGAGAGGUAAAAACAGAGACAUUCUCAACGAGCAUUCCGAGACCACAGACAAAUGCACACAUUUCUUACUACCCAGAUGUUACACUAGCUCUGCUUUGGAGAGGAGGAUGCUGUGCUACACCCAGGGCAGGUAACACAACGGAUUCAUUGCUGCUAUAUUGUUUCGUACUAUCAAUUCCACUCAGAUUAGUAAUGACAAUUUAGUAAUUUGGUAGACACUUUUAUGCGAAGUGACUUACAGAACCAUUGACAUUGGUAGUGACACAUACUCAUUAUUUGGCCCAUUUGGAAAUUAAACCCACAACCCUAUUGUUGCCAGCACCAUGCUCUAACUCAUUGAGCCGGCAAUUGUUGAAUACUACUGUCCGUCUGGGACAUUACCAGCCACAUAGGGUUUGGUGACACCUAGUGACACUUAGUCACACCGAUGGGUAUGGUGGAACAGCAGGUGAUCUGCCCUGAGGUAAUAAAAAGGAAAGGUACAUGGUGCUGGUUACAUGUUUUACCGGCACAGGCUGUCUCUGUAGUAGUCAGAACAUUGUUGCCAACUUUUUGACAUUGUCUGGCAACAUUCCCUGAUACCUGUCACUUAAGUGUAAGUGAACCCUAAGAUGCAAAAAUCCUUCUCAGAAUUCAGGAAAUUCACACAGAUUUUUACUUAAGCACACUGCUUCAGACUUUCUAGCUUAAUGUGUAUUUGUGUGUGUUUAUAUUGGAGGUCCGGUACAGCAGAAGACACAUUUCAGUCUUGUAUGGAUUAAUAAACUAUUCUUCAUCUGUCCGUGAACCCUUUAGACGACGGCCCUCAGCUGAAGCUCCUGUGCGGCGCGGACGUCCUGGAGUCCUUCGGCGUUCCCAACCUGUGGAAGCACGAGGAUAUCGCAGAGAUCGUGGGCCGCUAUGGCCUGGUGUGCAUCACCCGCAACGGCUGUGACGCCCACAAGUUCAUCCACCAAUCGGAGGUGCUGUGGAAGCACCGCAAGAACAUCCACGUGGUCCGCGAGUGGGUGACCAACGAGAUCUCGGCCACGCACGUGCGCCGGGCCCUGCGCAGGGGCCAGACCGUCCGCUACUUACUGCCGGACCCGGUGGUGAGCUACAUCCGGGAGCACGGCCUGUACAGUGCCGAGAGUGAGCAGAAGAACGCUGACGUCAUCCUCGCCCCGCUUCAGAGACACACCGGCCCCUCCUCCAGCUGAGGUGGCCAGCCAUAUUGCCUGCUGCCGACCUGAAUGCCUUGAGACCAGUGGAGGCUGGUGGGAGGAGUUAUAGGAGUACUGGCUCAUUGUAAUGGCUGGAAUGGAAUUGAUGGAAUGGAGUCAAACGUGGUUUCUGGGGCCUCCCGAGUGGCGCAGCGGUCUAAGGCACUGCAUCGCAGUGCUAACUGUGCCACUAGAGAUCCAGGUUAGAGUCCAGGCUUUGUCGCAGCCGGCCGUGACCGGGAGACCCAUGGGGCGGCGCACAAUUGGCCCAGCGUCGUCCAGGUUAGGGGAGGGUGUUGCCGGCAGGGAUGUUCUUGUCCCAUCGCGCACUAGCGACUCCUGUGGCAGGCCGGGUGCACGCUGACACGGUCGCCAGGUGUUCGGUGUUUCCUCCGACUCAUUGGUGCGGCUGGCUUCCGGGUUAAGCGGGCAUUGUGUCAAGAAGCAGUGCGGCUUGGUUGGGUUGUUUCUGAGGACGCACGGCUCUCGACCUUCGCCUCUCCCGAGUCCGUACGGGAGUUGCAGCGAUGGGACAAGACUGUAACUACCAAUUGGAUACCACAAAAUUGGGGGUAAAAAACAAGAGAACAUUUAGGUUUCCAUAUGUUUGAUACCUUUACAAUUAUUCCAUUCUAGCCAUUACAAUUAGCCCAUCUUCCUACUGCUCCUCCCACCCGACUCCUCUACUUGAGACUGCACUGUGCUUAGUAGAAGCAUUUAUCUUUUACUGGUUUGAGAUAA